AUUACCAGGGAGAGAAAGAAGUUUGCGUUCGGUGUUACAUCAGGAACCAGUAAAGAAGGUCCCGGUGUACUUAUAUUUGCUGGUGAAGUGUAAGAUUUGGGCGAUAUUAACAGUGGACAAGUCCUGGACAUUUGAGGGGAUGACUGGGAACAAACAUUACUUUGAGGCAAUGUUGGUUUCCACUUGUUGAACUGUCACCGGGCACGGAAGAGUAUGAAUUGUACUGGGGAGCGCACGCUUUGAUCAACCCUCAUUUAAAGGUUGAAUGUGGGAGUAGCUGGAAAAUAAGAGCCUUUCAGAAGACGGUGGAUUCUUCUGCUGUGUCCAGUGUCAUGAAACUUAAUCCACAGCAAGCCCCGUUGUGUGGCGAUCGUGUCCUCACCAUCCAGCUGUGUCAUGAGGAGCUCCAGGGGGAUCAGGCCCAAGCGGAUUUCUACCUGCUCUUCAGUGGCUCCACCCAGAGGCACCUGACCAGCACCUGCAGGAGCGGCCCAGACACCCUGCAGGCCAUCUGUCCCUCUCACGAUCGCUGCGAACCUGUCCAGGUGACCCUGUUCGCCUUGAGGUUGGGUCACCCUGCAGCCCUUGUGGCACAAGCCAGCUUCUCCUUCACACAGGACCUGGCUUUCAACAAGGAACAGUUCCCAGUGAACCCCGCUGGUCAGGCCGGCGGCCAGGUGGGGGCGCCGCUGCUGGCCAAGCCCCAUGUUCCACUGCGGGAGCAUGAAUGGCUGGAUGAGGGCCGGACUAUAGCCUCGUGCCGCACGGACCUACCGGAAAGCUGCAGUGUGCCAGGCUGCCACCUGAACACGGGUUCUGAUCCUAUCCCCCAGGAGACGGUGCCACACACUGCCCCGCGGCCCAAAUCCCCCCCGUGGCAGCCGGCUGACCACGAGGCCCCAGGACUGGCCAACGAGCAGGCGCCCCCCCCUCUCUUGCUGGUCGAGACGGGGGACCAAGGACAGCCCCAGCACCUCCUCAUCCAGGCUGAGGCUGCAGGAGCACAUCCAGAGGCUUCCUCGCUGCCCGGUCCUGGAGGCUGGGCCGUGCGGCACCACCCUGGCCUGAACACCUACACGUUGACGGGGGCCGCUGUCCCGGGAGACACGCCCCUAGGCCUGCAGGAGGAUGUGGACCAGCUGACGCAAAUAAUCAAUCGGGGGGGAUCCUCAUUUCGGCCGCAGUCAGAGCUCCCGGGCGCCACCCAUGAAUGUGUUACAAGUGCAGGAGUGGCUGCACAUGACUGUGGCUCUGGCGUGACAGAGCAGGAGUCCUUUUCUGAAGAUUUGUGUGGAGAACACAGGCAGGGGGGCCAGUUACUGAGGCAGGUUGAGGGGUCAGAACAAUCCGAACCCCCCUCGUGCAACGGAGGCUCUGAUGUUGAGGCGUGCCCCUGUCUGCACGGCGGUGUAGAUUGUGGUGCUCAGGAGGAAAAGGAGGUUGGGGCGGCCCCUGUUUGCUGCACAGAGUCCAGGAACGAGUCAGCAGAUAGCAGAGACGCCGCCCUGGCUUUGGAGGUGGGGCCUGGCCCAGCUUUCAGUGAGCUGUCUUGGGGAAGCCGGCAAGAGGAAACUGAUACUAACCUCGGCACAAUCAGAGUGCCGCAGGGCGGCCUGGGGGGGGCUGAUAUUUCGAGCCAGGAAGCAGCGAGAACAGCAGAAAGGGCGGGUGCAAAGUCGCCACACGAUAACGAAAAAUCAGUCCUUGGCGAGAGCACCAUCGCAACAGAUAUGGGCCACUCACACUCUCAGGAGAACCCAGGAACAUCCCAUGAUGAUUUCGAGAAGGUCUCUCGGGACGCAGAGCAGAUAGAAGAGAUAAAGAAAGAAACCACAACCACUGCGGACUUACAGGAAGAAGAGGAAGGUGAAAUGGAGGGUACCAAUGUGGCAGAGGUGGAUCGCACCACACGGGACCCCUCAGAUUUAUCUGCAAGUCAGUUGGGUGGCCGAGACUCCGAAGGGGCUGCGGUCAGAGCCGAACAAUCGUGCCCCUCGACUGUUACCGAGGCAGACUUGGAACUGGGGACGAGCUAUUGCGAACAAAGCCAGGAAACAGCUGCAGUGGAUUACGCUGAAGCAGACGGGAGCGACGACCGCACACUGAAUAACAAGCAGUCUACGGAGCAGUCUACGGAGGCAGAGUCCGUGCGGAGUGACUGUGGGGAGCUGGGCUUAGAGACGCAGGAGCCAUGCAAGCUGGACUGUGCCGCAGAAUUGACCCCCGAAACUAUGGCUGAAAGUGCAGAGGUCAAGAAAGAGAACUGUGACCGAGAUGAGAACACGGCGUCCUGUGGGUCAGAUUUGGAAGCACGGUACCGUGACCAAUUAGAGGCAUCUAACCGGAUGGAGUUGCCCCUACCAGCAGAAGACAUGGCUUGCUUGGAUCAAAAUGGCUGUGAAAUUUCUACUCCAGAUCCUGCAUCAGAAAAUGGGGACAUGUUAUCCAAGGUAAAUGAACCUACAGAAAAUGAUUUCUCUAGUCCAGUAGAGGCUGAGUCUGUUGUAGUAAACAGUGAUGACAUGGGAAGCAUCAUUGCGGGGGAUUUAAGUCAAGACAGCGCUCAGCAUCCUCACAUUAGUGAGGAUCACACUCUCGAGAUUGGCAUAGAGGGGAAGAACCCUGAAGUAACAGCUACACAGGAAGGGGGUCCCACAGAGGCGGGAGAAACCAAUGGAAUUGUGCCUCUGCUUUCUGUUCCCUUUUCCAAUGAGGAGGAAGCCCUGAAUUCAGUGAUCGGCUCCACAGCUGUAGAAGAGGAUAGAUCAGAAAUCUGUGGUGAAGUAACAUCCUCUCAGGAAUACAGUCCUGAGGAGGAGAUGCAAGACAAAGGAAGCUGCACUGCUGCAAACAACAUUGAUGUAAAAUCUGAAUCCUCACUCUCCAGUGAUGUGGAGGACAUAGGUGGAAAUAUCAGUGAUGUGGCUCUUGGAAAGGACAUCUCAAAUGAAGUAAUGUCCACAGAGGAAAUGGUGCACCCGGAGGUCAUUGACGUGAGCCAACCAUUAGAAAAAAGCAAAACUACUGUGCAUCUAGAACCUGAGGUUCCCCCCAAACAGGAUCUCGAAGUCCAGUCAUCGCUCGUGAAGAAGUCUGACUCUGAGGUAUUGUGCAAUGAGAAACCACCGGAAUCUUCGGUAGAAGACGCGCAACCAGCCCCCUCACAUGACCAUCCUGGGAAGGAUAUUGGCAGCCAAAAGGAGCAGAAGGACACUGACAGAUGUGAGGUGAUACGGGAAACACUGGAGCCUGAGCCAGAGUCGAGUGUCACUCACAAAACGCUCACAUCUGCUGACCAACAGGUUGUGGGAGGAGGUCUCCUUCCGGAGAACGACCAGACUGAUGCUCAUAAACACAGUGUCUCCGAAUCUUGCGUUGAUACUCCUUCUGUGCCAGACGGCAGCCCAGUUGUGUCCGAGGCGAGUAUCCCACAUGGAGACAUCUGUGUAAAUGGUGAGGAGUCAGACACAGCGGGUCGCAGUGUGGCAACGGGGAGCACCAGUGAGGACACCGCUGAGGUGGAACCUCUUACCUCCAUUUCAGUUUUAGAGAAGGUCUCUGAGCAAAAAGACCCCGAGUCUCCUAUAGGGGAGGUUGUGACUCCACCUGUGAAUGAGCUGCCAGUUCCUGCAGGGUCCAUAGAGCAAGUGAGUAAGCUGACUGCCUCGGAUUCCCUGGGGCUCCGUUCUCCUCUGGACCGAGGCAGCAGCCCAUCUGCUGAGGCCGAACAUGUGCAAGUGGCAGAGAUGAUGGGGAAGGUGUCCGAGGAAGAGCCCAGGAACACAUCAGGCCAGGAGACCGUCGACAGCGGAGAUGCCCCCACAGCAGCUGCAGCUGGAGAGGCAGCGACCUGUGAGAAGGACUCGUCCUCCGGCGUGAGGAUGGAUGACGUAGGUACUGUAGGGACUUUGCAGAUACAUUAUAUGGGUGAAGAUUUGGACCUGUUCAAAACUGAAGCAACGACACUUGGUGAAUGCAGUGGGAAGGAUGACAUGUCUAAGAUCCACAGAGAAAGGGACACCUAUCCUUCUGUCAAUUGCUGUUCAGAGCCCAGUGUCCUGGAAAGGAAGCAGAGCUCGGCAAGUCCUGAAUCCCCUGAGUCGCUCACCCCUCGCAGCACGGGGAGCUCGUUGUCCACGCCGCUGCGGGACUCGGGCAGCGACGCAGACGGCCUCUCCUGCACCGAUCCCGGGGAUGACGCCUUGUUCCAGAAGGGGGACGGAACACCAACUGGAGACAGCAGCAGUGAGGUGUGGGCCUCCUGUUCCUCUACGGACGACACGGCCAGUACAGGAGCGCCGGGCUCUGCCCCCCCUGGGGAGGGGGGAGGCAAGGCUGGGGGUGCAGGAGGGGCCGAGGCCGAAGAGGAGGCCAAGGACAGGCUGACGGAGGUGCCGGCCCGUGCCAUCAUCCUGCGUUCCUCGGUGCGCUCCCUGUCGCCCCCCCGCCGCCACAGCUGGGGGCCAGGAAAGAAUGCGGCAGGGGAGGCAGAGUUGAGUCCACGCAGUACAUUGAGAAGGCCGGACGACAGGAAGCCGUCAUUUCAUAGGAGGAGUAUGAGCUGGUGUCCCUCGGAUGGCCCCGGUCCCAACACGGACGAGAUCAGUACCAGAAGCUACAGCCUGGAGGGCCUGACCGCAGAUGGGGAUGCCAAGGAGCCCCUCCCGCAAGUCAGCCCUCCGCGGGAUCCCGGGACGUCGUCCCAGCUGGACAGUGAAGACAGGGGGUCACUGAUCUCCUUGACUGAGGAGGAACAGGAGUGCUACCUGGGGGACUGCAGCAGCCUGGACAGUCAGAACUCGAUGGGCAUCCGACCUGCGAUGCAGAGCGGCACCUCCAUGACUCUGCCCCUGACCAAAUCCGUGUCCAUGCUGGCCAUCAGUCAGAAGGACCUGGACGGCAUGAGGUCCUCAUCCCGGACUCUGGGCUCUUUCUCAAACAGUAUAUCCGAGGAGGACCCUGGCCCACUGAGGAGUUACACUGAAGGCAAGAGUGGGACCAAAGUGAGCCGCACCUUCAGCUACCUCAAGAGCAAGAUGUACAGAAAGAGUAAGGAGAAGGACAAGGAUAAAAACAAGGAGAAAGACAAAGAGGUCAAGGAAAAGGAGAAAAAGACACUCAACGGACACGUCUUCAGCACAGUCAACUCGCCCUUCGCCCAGUGCCACCAGUGCAGCAAGCCCAUUGGCAUGAAGGAUGCAUUCUCCUGCUCCAACUGCACUGCUCAUGUACACAAAGGCUGCAGGGAGAGCCUCCCCACCUGCACCAAGGUCAAGAUGAAGCUGCAGAAACAGCAAUGCACAGUACCAGAUGCAGCCCCGGUCCAAACAGUCACUAUGAGGCAGAAAACCACGCCGGUGCGGGAGCGACCUCGCUCGGCCAUCUUGAUCCCCGAAGAUGCCAGUAUAGGGGUGGCCCCCCGCCGGCCGGUCUCCAUUAUGCCCUUUCACACCAGCAACCUGUCCAAGAGCAUCUCCAUUAGCAACAUCCCAAGCCCCGUGCUGGACGACAUGCCCCUAAAAGGACAGCGCUACCUGUCCCAGUCCACCGACUCGCUGCACAAGACCAGCAAGGUCAACGAGUCCAUGGAGUCACUGGCAGAUGAGGGCACGGAGAUGAUGGACAGCCAGCUUCUGGGCGAGUUCGAGGCUGACGCCAAGGAGCUGGAGGCCGAUUCUUGGAGCUUCACUGUAGAUAAGAAGUAUCUAAAGCACCUGAAGAAGGACGUCAUCAAGAGACAGGAUGUCAUCUACGAGCUGGUCCAGACUGAGAUGCACCACUUGCGCACGCUGAAGAUCAUGGCUGAAGUGUAUGGGAAGGGGCUACAGAAGGAGGUGUUGCUGGAGACUCAGAUGGUGGAGAAGAUCUUCCCAGCGAUGGAGGACCUACUGGAGCUCCACACGCAGCUCCUGGGGCGGCUGCUGGAGAGGAAGCGGCAGUCGCAGAGGGAGGGCAGGGAAGGCGGCUUCCUCAUCCACAAGGUCGGGGACAUCCUGCUGGAUCAGUUUGCUGGGGAAAACGCAGAGCACAUGAAGAAAGUUUACGGCAAGUUCUGCAGCCGGCACAGCGAGGGGGUGAACUUUUACAAGGAGCUUCUGGCCAAAGAUAAACGCUUCCAGGCGUUCAUUAAGAAAAAGAUGAGCAGCACCAUCGUUCGACGGCUUAGCAUCCCAGAAUGCAUUUUACUGGUGACGCAACGGAUAACCAAGUACCCAGUGCUGCUGCAAAGAAUUCUGCAGCACACCAAAGAGAGUGAAGAAGACCACAAGGAGGUGGAGGAGUCGCUGCGGCUGGUGAAGGAGGUGAUUGCUGCCGUCGACAGCAAGGUGCACAAGCACGAGCGUAAGCGGCGGCUGCAGGAGGUGCACGGGCGCGUGGACGGGCGCUCCAUCACGCGCAUGAAGAGCGGCCAGAUGUUCGCACGCGAGGACCUGGUGCGAGGCCGCAGCCUGCUCCGCGACGGGCCGCUGCAGCUCAAGACUUCUGCCGGCCGCCUCAAGGACGUCCAAGCCCUGCUCCUCUCUGAUGUCUUGGUGUUCCUGCAAGAAAAGGACCAGAAAUACAUAUUCGCUCUAUUGGACCAGCGCUCCACGGUGAUCUCGCUGCAGAAGCUCAUUGUCCGUGAGGUGGCCAAUGAGGAGCGAGCCUUCUUCGUCAUCACAGCCGGCAUUGAGCAGCCGGAGAUGGUGGAGGUGCACGCCAACUCCAGAGAGGAGAGGAACACCUGGAUGCACUUCAUACAGGAAGCCAUGCACUCCGUGGGGAAGGAUGAGGAUGAAGGGAUUCCGAGCGAGAAUGAGGAGGACAGAAGGCAACUGGAAACCAAGGCCAAGGAAAUGAGAGACCUGCUGAAAAAGACGGACGAGCAGAUCAUAGCGUUGCUGGAGGAGAAGGUGAAGGUGUUCAGGGACAUGUGCAACUGCAGCAAGAACGAGGAGAACCCCGCCAGGGCCUCAGCCAUGUUCCACACCGGUGCUGAUGAUUCACUCAAAGGGGAUCACAUCAUGCAGGACACCCUGAAGGAAGUGGAGAGGCUGCAGUCUCUGCUGAAUGUUGACCUCAGCGGCGGCGGGGGGCUUUCGUGUCUGCCUCGCAGGGCCGAGACCUUCAGCGGCUUUGACAGCCAUCAGAUGGCUUCCAAACACGGGGAACCGGGUGAGGACUCUGCAGAGCUACGCAGGACAGAGUCUGACAGUGUCCUCAAAAAGGGGGGGGAUAUCAGCCUGGCGCUCAUACUGAAGAAGAACAGCGAGGUCCUUCACAGCGUGACCAAAAUUCAUGAGCUGCUGAACACAUUACAGGCCGUGGUGGUCCAGCAGGACACCCUCAUUGAGGACCAGCGGCAGGCCCUGAGCGAGCGCCCCCCUGCUGUGAGAGUCCCUUCCCGGCCCAGCUCGCUCCUGGAGCAGGAGAAGCAGCGUAGCCUGGAGAAGCAGAGGCAGGAGGCAGCUGAGCUGCAGAAGCAGCAGGCCGCGCAUGCCGAGGAGCGCCGCCGGCGCGAGCGCCUGUGGAGGAUGCGGGAGCAGGAGCUGGCCGAGCGUGAAGCCAGCCUGCAGGUGCAGGAGGAGGAGGCCUGCCGGCAGGAGCGCGAGCUGCAGGAGUCUCGCCGGGAGCUGCUGGAGCGUAAGGAGGAAUACCAGAGGGACCUGGAGAGGCUCCGGGACGCUCAGAGAAAGAUGGAUAGGGACCGCAUGGAGAUGGAGAAGAUAGAGCAGGAGCAGAGGAAGGAGCGCACCCCAUCCAGCACCUCCGAGGACUCCCUGAAGCUCCAGGGCUCCAGCCUGGACAAGGAGCCCGGGGACUGUGAGCUGUCCUCAUCCCCCGGCAAGGACUCCAUGAUGAUGCGGAUGGGCUCCAAGCGGAAGGGGAGGAGCCUGAACCCCUUCGCCCUGAACUCCAGUCACAAGGCUCAGGCCCCUGAGGCACAGCCUCAGCUUACGGGCCGCCUGCUGCAGCUGGCGAAGACCAAGGAGAAGAAGGAGAAGAAGAAGAAGAAGGUCAAAGAGCAGCUCUCGCAGCCAGGAGAGCCUGCGCUCCCCCAGGAGCCCCACGUGGAUGGGGAAAUCUACUUCUGCUGAGCGUCCCCUGCCGCUCACCGAUAUCCCACGAUGACCUGCUGUCGGGGAGUAAGAGCAAACCGAUCUCAUGGACAGCUCCCCCUACAGGACAGAGUGGAUGCCACGGUCCGUCUGCCCAGGGGGCUGACCUCCGACUUCUCUCUGAACUCGACAAGUGCGAUCGACUGCAGAAGCACAAUCAGGAGGCACAUGUACCUUCCGAAACACAGCCGUCAAGCAACACUGGGCCUGUUCAGGUUGAAAACGGGUUUAACAGUAAAAACGGGCGAUGUUUCAGCAGGCCGUUUCGGCUCCCCUCCGCGCUUCUAGAGCGUGUUUCCCAGCAUCUAGUACAGAAUAUUACAAGUUCUUUGAAAAGAUAAACCUUUUGCAAGAUGUUGCCUUUAGUUGUAUAUUCCACAACCCCACGUUUCCAUACCCCAAAACUCGUACUCAUUGGUUUAGUUUUUCCAUCUUAGUCCAGCAGAGUUGUGGAAAUAAGAGGCAGCAUAAGCAGGAUUAAUCACCAGGUGUGCAUUACUGGUGUUAAAAGGGGGGGUUGAGGGGUGGAGUUAAUGGGGAAUGUCAGCCAAUGGCAGGGCCUGCAGAAGGGCUGGGUUUUUGUCAGCAGCAUGGUGUCUGAGAGAUGGAGAGGCAGGAGGACCGACAAGGAGCUGGAUGGGUAGGACAGGCGAAGCUGCCCUCUCCCCGAUACAGUGGACAGAUGUGUGGGAAUUGGCCUUCGGGGGGAGCCACACUCAAGCUGUCAGAGGAAGUGCAGUGUGCUGGCAAUAAUUUAGAGCUCACUGCACAACCCCUACUAUCCCCUUCAUAAUGUUUCUUUUGUAAUUUAAAUAUGCUCACAAAAAGAUUCACUGAAGAACAAAGACAAUAAUGAAUCUGGCUGGAGCAGAAGCACUAUCAUAUCAUAGUGUUUUUUAAACAAUCAUGUUUAAAUGGACCUCUUUUUAAAAAAUGCCUUUUUGCUUCCUGACACUGAAAUCACAUGUGCAAUCUGUCUCGCAAUGUCAAAACUCGCCAUUAGGAGGAACCAAGGUGCACAUGUGGUUGAAAUUUUUAAAACAUUCCACCUCGGAAGACAGCCGUUUUUGAAAAACAAGUCAAGCUACUGUAAAGUGUGAUUUGUGUCUGGCACAUAGAGCAGCCUGGAUGUGUGUCUCCGUAUGGAUACCGUGCUUUUAGUCUCGUUUAGGAAACGUUUCAGCCCGAUAGAAACACCUGCAGUCUCAAGGCAUAUCAGCUAACUGAAACACUUUAGCAUUAGCUUUUAAUGCUAAGUAGCCUGCGUUUUCUUUUUAAUUAAAAACUAAUUUUCCUUUAAGCCUACAACUUUUUCAAAUCCUCUUUUAAACUAUGGUGGCUACUAGGCCUGGAAUUAAUUAAUAAAAUGAAUUUCCUCAGUACACUUAGCAUUUUGGUAUUUGUCCAGUCUGUGGCUGGAAAAUGGCUUUCCCCCCCCCACACUGUUAACAAACUGAAAUGUGGUGUUACGUAUGACUUAAGCUGUUGUUUGCCAACAUUUCAGCUUGUUAUGUCACACAGCUACCACUAGAAGGCACUGCUGCAAUACUCAAAUGGACAUAUGUUGUCUUGCUUUAAGGAAAAAUCCUUUUUAAUAAGAAUCGUUAGUAAGGACUGGAUUUUAAGGGUCUGUGGUCUAUGCAUAUAUCAACACAUAUGCAUGUUUUCCUCAUUAAUGUUACAGUAGCCUGUGGCCUUUUAUCUUCUCUAUAAAACUUUAAACAUAGGGAUUACAUUUCAAAUGAAUACUUGUCUUUUUUUAAUACUAAAUAAGUCUGCCUUAAUUCUGUUCAGCUAUUUUGAUUGAUCUUUCCAGGCUGGUCAUCUAUUUGUACAACCUCUGUUGAAGCUUUCCUGGGAAAAAAGGAAAUUAAAUUCUGCAAGUGAAUUUAGGACUACUGGAUUACAUAUUUAUGUUUCUUUAUCAUAAUACAGAAUCUAUGUAGCCUUAUGCUAAAAAAAAAAACAAGAUGCACUAGAAUAUCGCCCUGCUUCUCUGGAAAGUCCAGAAUAGGUGUUUAUACUGAAAGUUGUUAGUAUUAAAGGUACAUUAUUCAUGCUGAAUUUUGUAAAGAAAAUUGGUAAAACAUGUAAAUAUGUUUAUGUAAAAAUGUAACUGUAAAAUAUAUAUUAUAUAUAUUGUGGUUUAUGUGACCUUUUUCUAAUGAGACUUUAUUUAUCUCUGUUCUCCCUGUUGUGGGAAUUUGAGAAGUACAGGGUUUAUUUCUCAUAAUAAAUAACAGUUAUGAUAAGUUUG